AUGCUGAAGAAAACAAUUCAAACAUUGGUACGAUGUGAUGUUCAUAUGAAACGAAAUCACUUGUUUGUCAAUUGUGUCAGAAACAUUAGCAGCAGCACACAAAAUGAUAUAACAACCUCGUACUCUGUUCCAAGGGAGAAAGUGGAUUGUGUAGUGAUAGGAGCUGGUGUGGUUGGAAUAGCAGUGGCAAGAGCACUGGCACUCAAGGGUAGAGAGGUGAUUGUCAUUGAAUCAGGAUCUAGUUUUGGGACUGGAACUAGUUCUCGAAAUAGUGAAGUUGUUCAUGCUGGAAUUUACUACCCUCGUGAUUCUUUGAAGGCGAUUUUUUGUGUAAAAGGAAGAGAAAUGUUGUACGAGUAUUGCUCAAAGCAUGAUAUUCCACAUGAACAAACUGGUGAUGAAUGGUGUUGA